AUGCGUUUCCAAAAGAUAUCCGACGUGCUGAUGAAGAAGGGGAAGAUCUCAGAGGUCGAGCGCUGUACUAUCUUCAUCGGACACUUGUCCAAAGGUAGGCAAAAGAGUAUACUUAGAGAUCUUCCGCGCGACAGGCUUGAUUUCCCAGAAGUCCUAAAGCUCGCGAUAAAGGCAGAGGCAGACGAUUACAAGGACUUGGUGUGGAGAGGGAUGAGGAGACGUGAUUUCUCUCUCUACAAGGAGUAUGUCACUGAUAGAUGUCCUGAUUUCAAGGAUUAUCCCUGGUCGGAGAAGAAUGAGGCCGUGCCUGAGGAAGUGAAGGAGAUACGGGACAUGGUGAAGAGAUUAACGAGACAGGUUACAAAGAUUGUGACCGCUACAGGGGCCACGGCCUACCGGGACAAACCUGGAGGGCCCUAUUCACUUCGCUGGGACCGUAGGAACAACGAUCCCUGGAGGAGUGUCGAGGAYAGAAAUCCUCGGACGCUGACUGAUUAUCGAACGAGGGGAAGAGAGAGAGGCGAUGAGCCAUGGCGACGUACGGACGAUGAGAUAGACCGAGACCGCAGAGACCGCGAGCCGUUUGUGCGAGCGAGGAGGCUGGAUGAUUACCCGCGAAGCCCUCGCUAUGAGGCCGAUCGGGGUAGAGYCGACUCCCGCGGCCGAUGGAGGACAGAACAGGGUCGACGAGAUGGAUAUAGGGACGACAGAUAUGAGAGAUCGGAUCGAGAUGGAUAUAGGGACGACAGAUAUGAGAGAUCGGAUCGAGAUGGAUAUAGGGACGACAAAGACGAGAGGUCGGGUCGAGAUGGGUACAGAGGAAACGACAGGGCAUCUACUCCGAGGAACUCAUGCGUCUACUGUAGAGGAGAAGAUCAUAUCAAGAGGGAUUGCCCGGACCUCAAACGGGCAAUAAAAGAGGGACUUGUCGUGCUUGACGACCGCAAGUACGUCAAGUGGGCAGAUGAUCUCGGAGAUGUAUCGAUGUUCCCUUCGAUGAAGAUGAAGGAGAAUGUCGAAGCAAGGAGAAUAAAGACGAGUAAAAGAAUGGAGCCGGUCAGGAGCCAGAGCAUCAAGAUAACCUUUGAGGGGGACAUGGCGACCACACCCAUAAGGGUGGCAGCUACCAAGUCGGCAAGAGGGUCUACAUCGAAGAAGACUGAUACGGAUUACAUGAUGGCUGAGAAGGACGAGCAACGGGUCGAUGGAGAGGAGGUUAUCCUUUCGCCGCGAAAGCGGGGAGUGAAGAAGUUCCUAAUGAAGAGCUCGCUGGACGAGAUUGACACGGUCGAGCCAUUGAGGCGGGCCCUUUCGCAACCCAUGCAGUGCUUUAUUCUGGAGUACCUGGCGGCAUCAAAGCCGGCUCGUGAUGAGUUACAAAUGAUCAAGCAAAAGACUCGCAUACCUCUAUCGGAGGAGGGUUACGCCCCUAAGGCGGAAGCUUCUACAGUAACAGUAACUGGGGUGACUGCCAGAGCGGAUCGCAUGGCGACAGUCCUUCUGGAUGGAAUGGAAGGUGUGCCUCCAGACAAGUUUUAUAUACUUGGUAGCGGGGCUGUGGAGACAAUUAUAAACGAGGAUGCGGUACUCGAUGCUGUGAUUGAUAACGGCACGGCGGUGGGCCGCGAGCAAUCUGCGCUAGAAGGGAUAUCGGAAGAAGAGAUCGCAAAAGAAAUCAAAGAAAGAAARAAAAAGGAGCCGCAACGCCUAACGGAAGAGAGAAUAGCAGGGAUGGACAUCGGGGAUGGUAAUCUGACCCCACAGGAGCGAGAACGUGUGAUAGAAAUUCUGAAGACAUGUGAUAAGGCAAUAGCUUUCAGCGACGCGGAGCGCGGUAGGAUUGACCCUAGAUACGCUAAGCCAGCAAGGAUUUACACGAUAMCACAUGUUCCCUGGAACGACGCGGGAUGGAAAUACGCCCAGAAGGAGAAGGAAGAAGUUAUCGCCUUCCUGAAAGAAAAGAUGGUUUCCCACGUUGCGGAGCCGUCUGAUARCGCUUAUGCAAAUCGAUGGUUCUUCCUACGAAAGCCGAAUGGCAAGAUCCGAUGGAUCCAGGACCUUCAGAAGGUCAACGCGGUGACGAUACGAGACGUGGGCUCMGURCCACACGCMGACUUACUAGCAGAGGGCGCAACGGGUAGGUCGAUCUAUUCGGUCUGUGAUCUGUUCUCAGGCUAUGAUGAGGUACCGCUUGACCCUAGGGACAGACAUCUCACGGCUAUGCAUAUGCCAUUGGGACUAAUUCAAAUGAUGGUUGUCCCAAUGGGUUGGACUAAUGGGGUAGCUGUUUUUCAGAGAGCCAUGGUAGCCGUCCUAAAGAACUUCAUCCCUGAUAAGGUUGAAGUUUUUUUGGAUGAUUUUCCUAUUAAAGGGCCAGUAGAGAGAGAUGAGACAGAGGUUAUACUUGGAGUUAGAAGAUUCGUCGAGCAGCACCUGACAGACAUUUGCGCGGUACUCGAGCAGCUGGACGAUGCAAAUUUGACAGUCAGCGGGACCAAGAGCCGAUSGGCCGUCUCGACUAUUAAGAUCUUGGGCUUUAUAUGUGACUCGAGAGGACGCCGAGCAGAUCCGGCAAAGUUAGACAAACUCCUGAACUGGCCGUCGCCGUUACAUAGCCCAACCGAGGUCCGACAAUUUCUGGGAGUGGUCGGUUACUGGCGCAUAUUCAUACGGGGGUAUGCGGAGAGGGCUGAGCCAUUGAGGUUACUCCUUCGAAAGACUGAAAAAUUCUACUGGGAUUCUUCGCAGGAACUCGCAAUGCAAGAACUUAAAGACGAAUUUAAGGAAGGAGGGCGCGUGUUGGGUGUGCCAUUCUUUGACGAUGAGACCGAGAGACCUUUCAUAGUAUCCACGGAUGCUGGACUAUGUUCACUCGGUGGUUUGUUGUCUCAGAAGGACGCUGGAGGGAAGGAAAGACCGUUAAGAUUUGAGAGUAGGACACUUAAUACGACUGAGCGUAACUACAAUCAAUUCAAGAAAGAAGUGUUAGCUGUUCUCCGGUGUCUAGACACGUUCAGACACUAUAUCUAUGGGCGACGGGUCAUCUUGAGAGUAGACCCCACCGCGGUUGCCUCUGUCCUCCAGAAGGACUUUAGUCUGACGGACCCGACCAUCGCCCGAUGGUUAAUACGGAUUCGGAUAUACGAUUACACGGUCGAGAGAAUAUCUGGUACUAAAAAUGCUGUGGCAGAUGGGCUUUCACGCAUCCCUCUCGAGCGUCCGAUAGUAGCUGGGGCUCUGACAAUGGCAGAGCCGAGGCGCGCCGAGAGAUUUCUAGUUAAUCUUUACGAGGGCAAGUACCGAAUGAUCGGACUACACCUGACGGGAGAAGAGAGUCAAGAUUCAGAUAUCCGAAGGCAAGCAGCCCAGUACUGCCUUAGAGCGGACCACCUUUUCCGAAGGCCAGUAGGGUCGGGAAUGCCCUUACGAGUAGUCUGUGACCCUGAGGAGAGACAGACAAUAGUUGCGGAACUUCACGACGGGGUAGUCGGAGGACACAGGGGAGUCAAGGGAACCUACGAAAAGAUACGCCGACUGUACUGGUGGGAUGGACAGUAUAAGGACAUCGAGAGGUACUGUAUGACAUGCGAAGAGUGCCAGAAGAGAGCUCUUGUGAAAUACAAAGAGCCACUUCACCCAUCCUAUCCGACCAGACCAGGAGAGAAGGUACACAUUGAUCUAGUGAAAAUGCCGAGAGGGGUAGGCAAUAUGAACUACAUCGUGAACAUAUGAGACGAUUUCACCGGGUUCGUGGACGGUAGACCUAUCAGGAGUACGGCGGCAAAGGAAGUAAAGAACUUUGUCCUAU